CUUCCUGCUUCUUGCCUAUGCUGAAUAAACACCCAGUGCACUUUAACCCCCUGUCAGUGCCAUCAGGCAGGCAGAAGACAGGGCUUUAAAAUCUCAGCUAUACAGACAUCCAGCCAAAGUCUCAAUCUUGCCUUAACAAUGUUCCGGAAACUGAAUAAAAUGUUUGUGGGUGAAGUCAGUACUUCUUCCAACCAAGAACCAGAAUUUAGUGAGAAAGAAGAUGAUGAAUGGAUUCUUGUUGACUUUAUAGACACUUGCACUGGUUUUUCAGCACAUGAUGAGGAAGAAGAUAUUAGCGAAGAGUCACCGACUGAACACCCUGCAGUCUUUUCCUGUUUACCAGCCUCUCUUGAGUGCUUGGCUGAUACAAGUGAUUCCUGCUUCCUCCAGUUUGAGUCCUGUCCGAUGGAGGAGAGCUGGUUUAUCACCCCUCCCCCAUGUUUUACUGCAGGUGAAUUAACCACUAUCAAGGUAGAAACCAGUCCUAUGGAAAACCUUCUCAUCGAACAUCCCAGCAUGUCUGUGUAUGCUGUGCGUAACUCCUGCCCUGGUCUCAGUGAGGCCACCUGUGGGACUGAUGAAUUUCAUGACCCAAGUAGUCCCAGAGUAGAAGCUCAAAAUGAAAUGGACCAGCACAUUCAUUGCUACGUUGCAGCUCUUGCUACUCAUGCAACUUUUCUGGAACAACCCAAGAGCUUUCGACCUUCCCAGUGGAUAAAAGAACAUAGUGAAAGACAGUCUCUGAACAGAAAUAGCCUGCGUCGCCAAAAUCUCACCAGGGAUUGCCACUCUCGGCAAGUUAAGCACAAUGGCUGGGCUGUCCAUCAGCCCUGCCCCCGUCAGUACAAUUACUAAGAAUUUCAAGUUUGGCUGGUUGGCUUCUCUUGGUAUGUGCAUGUGUAUGGAUAUGUGUGUGUGGACAAUGAAGAUGUUGUCUCCUUAAAGCCAAUUGAUGACCAAUCACAUUGUUAUAUUUGUGUAGACACUAUCUUAAAAACCAGAUUUACAUGCUGUAUAUCACAUAAUGCCUUGCUCAUAACAUACUUCUCUGUAAAUUUUUUCAGAAUAUUUUUGGAAACAUAUCAAUACAGUUACAGUGUUUGGUAUCUGGGGAUGUCUUUAAAUCCAUGUGUAUAUGAGUUAGUCAGCAUUUUAAAGACAGUUCUUCCCAUGUACAAGAAUAGGCAUCUUUCAGUUUCAUUUUAUUUUGUAUUACUUAGUCAGUCUUUUGAAUAAGAAACAAAUUUAUUCUCAGGGUCAGCCAUACACUUUAUUGACCAGUACUUGAUAAUCUUUUCUGUAUAUUACGAACACAUUUUACACACUAACAUGAGCAUUAAUGGUGAUAGUUGCCAUGGAUAUAAUGGAAUUAUGGCUGAACUUUCCUUUGAAAGAAAACUUGAUAUAUUUCUGUGUGUGUUUGUUUUGUUUUGUUUUUUUCCAGAUUAGUCAUGUAGUUCAUUUUGGAAUUCAGGUACAUUAAGUUUUAGUGAACAGUGCAUUUAGGUUUCUGAUGUGACUGUGCGAUGUGCAAACAUCACAGCUAUUAGGGGGCGGCACCUGCCCCACAUGCAGAGGGAUGAAAUUAGACCUGUGAAAUUGUACUUGGAAAAAUGUGUGUCUAUAACUAACCCAUUAGUCCACUAUUUAAGUCAUCAGGAUUCUUUCCUGCCAGCUCUGCCCACUCAUCACUUUGUAUCAGUGGCUAAUUCAGAAGUACUUGUCCAGGCACUUGAUGAUUUAUUUAUGUCUGCCCAAGGGGAAGGAGAUAGGCUUUGUAUUUCUGAUAACAGUGAUAAAUCCUCUGCCACGGAGCCACUCCUGUGGAGUGGCAGCAAGCAAGAGUGAGGAAGAAUUUCUGGUGAUGUUGUUUCAUAGCAUCUAAAUAAAGAGUGACAAGUUGGCUCCCUUGAUUUUCUUUUUUUUUUUUUUUGUUUUAAAUUGGGCUUCUUUCAUGUGAAUCUUUAACCACUUUGGCCUCUGUUUCCUCUACUGACAGGGGAGUAGUAAUAUUUACCUCCUUUGCAGUUUGCUGAGGAUUGUGCAUUUGAAGUGGGGCUGUACCUUAUGUGAAAUUCUAAGGACUUAUCUUUAUGAAUCCAGUGAUGCGGGGGGCCUGUAGCAUUUUUUCUACCAUAGUUGUUCUUCCAAGUGUUGGUGCUAAUGAGGCCCGGGUGCAGGUUUCCGUUCAUACAGAGGCCAGUUAACUUGACACACAAAAUCUAUGCCUUACCUCUAGCCAGUCACUUUAUUUUCUAGUAGUUGUGAUGGGUUUUGCUGAGCCAUCCACUCUCCCACCCAUUUCCUCUGAAAUUAAGUUAAAUACAUUUACAAUUUAAAACAACACCUACUGAUAGAACAGUAGUAUCAACUUCAUAAUAAAAGUUCUUUUCCAUCUCCUCUGCAAUCCCAAUUAAUGACAUGUCUAUAAAAUGUCUUCAAGGGAAAAGCAGCAUAUGUUAUGUGAAGUAGUAGCAUAUUCUUCAAUAACCCUGCAGCAGCCUGAUGCAGGGAACCAUGGGAGACUUUUUUUUUUUUUUUUUUUUUAAGUAAAGAGCUGUGCUCUUUUCUGACUAGACUGGCAUGUUUAGAAUGAGAAGAGGUCAAAUAGCAUAAUUGGGUGGUGGCGUUAGGUUCUUCCACUGGCCACAAUGAAGUGCCAGGAAGGUCUAUUUAGUACCAGUCGAGAUUCCCCCUUUUCCCUUUAUACCCCUUUCAUUUCAUCUACCCUUUUAUUUAUUUGUUUUCUAAUUAGGGGCCAAGUCUGUAAAGUUUUAUCAAACUGAGCUCGAAGUUAUUUUGUUACUAUUGUGUUUACUGGAGUGGGGAGAUGAGGUAGUGUUCUUGUGAAGGUGUGUCUCACACCAGUCUGAUACAGGGCCAUGCAUAGGUAACUUGAAAAUUACCCAGCUAGAAGUUUUCUAGAUGUAAGCCCCUAAAGACCUGGGGUCUCUCUUUUUGUUCAUAUAUUUCAUGCAGGUUGUUAGUACCUCAUGAGCUACGUAAGUUCAGCCAUUAGAAGUUGUUGGGCAACAUGAGCAAAACUGUAUAUAAAACUGCAGUGGUCUUUUUUUUAGUACUAUUUUUUCAGAUUUCCUAAUGCCUUAAAUAUAUUUACAUCUCUAUCAGCUAUUGCCCUUUUGCCUUCUCUGGGCCUAGAUUUUUAUGCUUUAUACCUAAUAAACAAGUUUUGUCAGUCUCUGGGAUGUUUCUUCAGGAUAAGAUCAUCUGUGAUCUCAUACUGUGGUUUCUAUGUCAGUAUCUUAAGAUUCCUAACUGAAAUGGGCACAUGGGCACAUGUAAGAAUUGAAGCCAGUGGUAGCAAAAUUCAGUUGAAGUUUUUGGUCAAUAAGCUUCUACUGUGUACAAGACACAAGACCAUUAAUAAGGCAGAAUGAUGUUGACCUGUUAAGUAUUCUUUCAAACAUAGCCAAAUGCAUUUUACUAUGAGUUAAUUAUUAUUUUUACUGUUGUAAAUAUGAGUGGUUUACAGUGUGUGCUUUUGUGUAUAUUCCUUAAAAACUCAAGCAGUGAAGUUAGUGUUCUGUUUCUGAAUGAUAAUGUAAAAUGCUAGGUGGAAAAAGUCCGGAAUAUGUGGUGCAGAGAAGCAGUGCUUUGUGAACGAGUUUUAGUUUUUUAAUGCACCAUGUUUCUCAAAAUUUGUGUUUUUGUUAAUAAAACAUUUUGUAAUGUAGAGCCUAUGUUUAUUACUUUUACUUCCUCAACUAAUUGAACUAUGUACUGCACUGUAAAAUGAAGAUUAACCAUCUAUUAUUUAUCUUCUGUGGCAAUGCAUUUAUUUGGUUGGUUGAAUGGGGAACUUUUUGCAGAAGAUACAAAAUGAUUAGUUUUUUGACUUUCUACCCCAUAGUUUUUUGACUUUCUACCCCAGAUAGGGGUUUUUUUUUUUUUUUGAAAAAACUUCCUGAACAUUUUUCUGAUUCCUAUGAAAAAUUUUCCAUUUUAUAUACCUUCUCUGUUGUAUCAGAACUUUCGUUCUAGUGAGAAGCUAGUUUAUUUAAAACUUGAGAGAGCUCUUCAGCAUCAUUUACUGUUUUUCCUGCUCAACUCUGUAUAUUACACUGGCUUAUAAUCUUUGUGUUUCAUUGAAUCUGAGUGUCUUUGCUAUUUCCCCUUCUCCUCAAGGGAAUACAUUGUCUAUAUAUACUCCUAAGAAAAAGGAGCAAAAGAAUAUCCUUUAUCUUCAUUUUCUUUGAGUAACUUACAAAAAAAAAAAAUGAAGGACUCCAACUAGAAGAUAGACGUUGAAAUUUAAAUAGAUCAGUAGAGAAAGUUUAAGCAUUUCCAAAUAUUGUUUUUAGAAUCCGUUAAGUGACUGCUCCUUAUACUGGGAGAUACUAUUAAUGUUUGUAAUAUGACCUUAAAAUGAUCUUUUUUGUUUUAUAAAGCCCAUAUGCAUUAGUUAAAUUCUUUUAAGUUGGGAAAUUUUCAUGGACGGUUUCACCGCCACCAGCCAUGUUGAUGUAUUAUAAAUAGCAUCCUUAUCUACUUAUUUUAAUGCAUAAAAUUUUAUAUAAAAUGCUUUAUUUAGCAACCCUACAUGAUACAGUGGUGUCAGUUCUUGCCAUGUACCAGUUUCAUUUGAAAUUUGACACCAGUUAUAAGUAGUUUGGGGUGGAGAAAGAGGUACUGGGAAGCAUGUUACAGAUAAGGCUGUCUUUUCCCAUUUGCAAGAGUACCCUUUAUGUGGGAGAAGUUACUAUUGAAAGGAAGGCAGCUUAAGUGCAUAAUUUUGUAUAUUGUCUUUCCUUAGUGCAUCUUAAAAAAAAAUCGAGGGACUGUUAAAUGCCCAAUUUUGUUCUGUAUUUGCCUGAAGUUUUAGGAAUUUUUCCUAGGUGGACUUCUAAAAACCAAACCAGUGCUUGGGGAGGUUAGGUGUGUGUGUGUUUCCAGGCUUGGUGUGAAUGAUUUUGCUUGCUUUUUGGUUGUGUUGUCUUACAGAGGUUUGGAACUGUAAUCAAUAAUUGUGUGUAUUAUUUAAAAAAAAAGUGGCGCUUUUUUCUCAAAAUUGUGAAGAUGUUUAUUUUUCAAAAGCAGGGCAUCAGUUUUAGAGACUGAAGAAUAUUGUAAACUGUACUAUGUGCCUUCUUGAUGUGUUUUUUUCUGGACACACUUUUUUUUCAACAACUUGAAAACUCAAAAGGGACAUUUGGUUAAGUUAUAAACUAUACAUCAAUCUAUGCAUAAAUGGCAGCUUAUUUUCUUGAGCCACUGUCUAAAUUUUUUUCUGUUUUUAUAGACAUUUUUAUACUGAUUGGUUGAUAGGUGGUCAGUUUUAUACACAAACUAAACAGUACAGCACUUUGCCAAAAAUAAGUGUAGCAUUGCUUAAACAUUGUGUAUUAACACCAGUUCUUUGUAAUUGGGUUCAGUGGUGCAUUGUGCACAGUUGGAGUUGUGGUUUUUAAUCUGUCAGUAAAUAAAAUGUCCUUUA